AUGGGACUCAACUUCGUGCAAGUCAACCUCAACCAUUGUCGCGUGGCACAAGACCUCGUCGCGCAAUUCAUGGUUGAAGAAAGAGUCGACGUUGCCCUGCUCAGCGACCCCUACAAUGUGGAUCCCCCAUCCAGCGCCUGGCACGUGAGCGCCGGACAACGGAAGGCGGCCAUCUAUGUUGCGAACACGGGAGUAACGGUGGCCAAUGUCAUCAGCGACCCCGAGUUCGUCGCAGUUCGGCUUAACGGCGUCCAAGUGUACAGCUGCUACGCGUCGCCCAACAGACCCCUCGAAGACUUCCAGGACCUUCUCCGCCGUCUCGAGGACAGCAUCAGGACCGUACAACAGGAAGUCCCCGUCCUCGUCACCGGGGACCUCAACGCGAGAUCUGCUGCGUGGGGCGACUGGGUCGAGAACCGGAGAGGCCACGAAUUGAGUUCGUUGGUCGAGUCCCUCAACCUCGUUACCUUGAACGAAGGCUCCACCCCCACCUUCCCCAGAGGCGCAGGAUCAAUUGUCGAUGUUACCUUCGCAUCGGAGUCCCUGGCAAGCCGAGCAAAUAACUGGAGGGUGCUGGAGUCGGUGUUCAAUUAUAGUGACCACCACUAUAUCCGCUACUCCCUAGCGCGAAACAGUGAAAGCCCUUCCCCUGCUGCCUCCAAUACCUUCUGUGGAUGGGACACCUCUGACGGAAUAGACAGCGACUCAUUCCACUGUGGCCUGCUGCUUGCCGAGUGGCUUGACCAAGGCAUCGUCCAGGACGGACUCGACGCCGAUUCGGAAGCCGUAACCUUGCGCUCAAGAGUAACGGCCGCAUGCAACUACGCCCUACCUCCACGGCGAGCUCCAAGAUCAGGGAAGCCUCCCGUGCACUGGUGGAACGGGGAAAUCAAUUCGCUCCGUGCGGAGUGCGUCAGGGCAAAACGUUGCAAGGUCAGAAUGGUGGCCCGCAUUGCCCGGCUUCGCAUACGUCUUUCGGCUGAUUUCGACAACGUCCGAGCAGAAUCAGAGCUCACCAGGACCAACGACGAGUUCCGUGAAGCCAAGAGGCAGCUCAAAAUAGCUAUCCUUCAGAGCAAAAACAAAUGUUGGAAGGAGCUCAUCUCCGCUGUAGACGGUGACCCAUUCGGGAAACCUUACAAGCUGGUAAUGAGGAAGCUGAGGGGACCACCCGCGAUAGCCUCUAUGGAAAUGCCGACACUGCAAAAUGUCAUCAGCACACUGUUUCCAUCAAACCAGAUCAGCAGUUAUAGGAACCUGCCCGCCUCCGGACCACCAGUUCCAUUCACCGCGGACGAGGUUAAUGCGGCAGUUGAUAGAGCACGCAGCAAAAACAAGGCACCCGGCCCUGACUGUAUUAACAGCAAAAUCCUCGCGGCAGUCCACAAAGCCAAUCAGUGCACCCUGAGAGACCUCUUCAACAAAUGCCUCCACCAAGGAAUUUUCCCGUCGGAGUGGAAGUUUUCCCGAGUUGUUCUCCUGAGAAAAGGCAUUAAACCAGAGGGUGUCCCGUCAUCGUAUCGCCCGCUGUGCCUCCUCAACGACGUUGGGAAAAUGCUGGAGUUCCUCCUCACUCGAAGACUGGAAGACCACAUCACCUCGAGGGGCAAUUUGUCGCCCAACCAGUACGGCUUCCGGAAGAACAUGUCCACUGAUGACGCGGUGCUGAAACUACAUAAUACCAUCGUUAACGAGGUUAACGAUGGAAAAUUCUGCCUUGCGAUUAGCCUAGACAUCAAAAACGCAUUUAACACCAUCAAAUGGCCUGAUAUAAUGGCAGCAUUGGAGAGCUGGGACGUCCCUUCCUACCUGUACCGCAUGUUCCAGUCAUACUUCUGCGGCAGGUCUGGAAUGGUUUCCACCGGCAGUGGAAGAAUGGAGGUCGAGAUCUCAGGAGGAGUGCCACAGGGAUCCGUCGUUGGUCCCCUUCUCUGGAACACAACGUUCGACUCUGUCCUGCGAGUGCCACUACCACAUGGAGCGAAGUUACUUGGUUUCGCAGAUGACACCUUGUUGGUGGUCUCAUCUAAGACCGUUGAAGAGCUGGAAGCACUCGCGAACAAUGCGUUACGGCUUGUAGAGGAUCGCAUCUCAAACCUCAGCCUCCAGAUCGCGGCAGAUAAAACAGAGGCUGUUCUCUUCACCCAUAAGUACAAACACGGGACACCAAACAUCGAGGUAGGCGGGAAGACAAUACCGUUGACGAAGAAGAUGACAUACCUCGGAAUGAUCAUAGACAGUUCCCUCUUCUUCAAAGAACACAUGCAGUCAGCAUCGGCCAAGGCGGAAAUGAUCUCCACACAGUUAGCAAGGAUCAUGCCAAACGUCGGCGGUCCGCGGGAGGAUAGGCGCCGUUUACUGUCGUCGGUCGUUCACUCCGUGUUGCUGUACGGCGCACCGUCCUGGGCGCAUACCCUUGACCUCAUUCCUGGUAAUGUGAAGCUGUUGAACAAAACCCAACGGAAGAUACUUCUCCGAUGCACCUGUGCCUAUAGAACGGUCUCAGGGGUAGCGGCGAAUGUGCUGGCGUCAACCCCGCCUGCCGACCUGUUGGCAAGAGAACGCGAAACCGAGUUCCUAUGGAGGCGAGGGGGGCCCAAUGCCCUAACCAAAGAAGAGCUGAGGAAAGAUACUCUCUCCAAAUGGCAGGCGAGAUGGGAUUCCGUUGAUGCGGAUGACCCCGGUAGCUGGACGAGGAAACUCAUUCCCGACGUGGCUAUAUGGUGUUCAAGAGGAUUUGGCCAGGUAGACUUUCAUCUGACCCAAUUCCUCUCCGGUCAUGGUUGUUUCGGGUAUUACCUCUGCCGUUUCAAGAAAGUCGAACAACCUCAUUGUGUCGACUGCAAUGACCCAUUGGAUAAUGCUGAGCACGCAAUAUUUAAGUGUGAUAGGUGGUGGCGGUUAAGGAUUGAGCUGGAAGCUGAACUGUCAGUGGAGUUUACUGCAGAAACCGCAACCAAUACAAUGCUGAAGUCAAGGAGACACUGGGAAGCUGUCGCCAAAUUCGUCCACCAUAUCCUGUCCACCAGAGAGAAGGAGGAGCGUGAGAGACAGCGAGGACAAGUAGCUGGAAAUUAA